UUGGAGGCAAUCGAGAAAGCCGCAGCUGAUCAGGCCAUAGACGUCGAUGCCAUUGACGACGAGCAAGCCAAGAGGGGCAAGAAGGCCAAGAACGACAAACGGCUGUCACAGGACGCAGACGAUGCUGAGCUGGCCAAACUUAGGAAGAGACAGAAGGACUCAGACGACAUGAUCGGCACGCUGCAGAAAAAGCUCAGUGAGCCCAAGACGGAUGUUACUGCCUACGCAAUGUAUAUAAAAGCAACGCUCCAGAGGAUGGAUAGGUCAAAAUUCAAAAAUGCGCGCAAGGCCAUCAACAGGGCACUAGAGCCUUUCCUUGAUUCGUCGGAUGAGGACUCCAACGAGGAGGCACAGCCUGGUUUGCCUUCAAUGGCACCAUCAUUGCGUCCCAUGCGGCACCCUUCGUCAUCGGGAAGCGCGAGCACUGAUGUCUCUUCUGGUACCUGGUCUGGCACUGGUUCAGGAAGUUUUUCGAGCAACUAUGGCUAUCAUACGAAGACGUCGACAUCUGCUGGAGAUGCUGGAGCAUGGCAGCCACCACCACACCAGUGGAAGGCCCCUCCUGCUGAUCAGCAACAUGAACCAUGGUUCAGUCAGAGUCAGGACUUCAUGCGGCAGUAUCAAGGUUGGCAGCCUCAGCCUGCACAACAGGCUCCGCAGCAAGCCAAAAUUAUCAGCAGCAGCAGCAAAGGCAGGGAAAGAAUGUACCAUCCCAAGGAUACCAGCAAGUUUAUUCUUCAGUGUCACAGAAGCAAAACGCUGCUCCUCAUCCACGCCAGGCUAUUAUCUCUCCACAUCCUGAUGACGGUAUAGUCUCCUCUGAACGCCGUAACUCUGCGUUCCUUACUGAUGUUGACAUUGAAGACGGAACAGCCCAGCGUAAGGACAAGGCCAAGGAUACUAACAACAAUCUUUCACCGACCGACAAGUAGGCAAAGUGAGAAGAACUAGAUAACAUAUCAUGGCAAAGUGAGAAGAACUAGCAAA